AUGUCAGGCUUCCAUGUUGGUGGGAAAGUGGUGGAUAGAGUUGAUCCUUGGAGAAAGAGGCACUGGUCAUACGCAUUUAUAGUUCUUGAUGGCCUUAUUGCUGUUAACAUUCUAGUGUUCCUCUUCACCAUUUGGUCGGUGGAUUUUAAAUGUAUUGUCCAAUAUUCUAAGGUUAAUGGCAUUCAGCAUGCAGAUGCUUGCAAAAUUACUCCAGCUAAAUUCACUGGUUCUAAAGAAGUUGUGCAACUUCAUUGUCGCGAGGUUGAGAUUAUGUAUAACGUCAACAUAAUGGAUUUCAGAUCUUUCGAAGGGAGUGCCCACUGUAGGUACGAGUACCUCUUUUCCUUUGAUUCUACCUUUAAUAAUACAUUGAUGGCAUGUCGAUGGGACCGCUUGGCUCGUGUAGUAAACUCUGCUUUUGCUCACUCUAGGGAAGGCGAUGCGCUCAGUAAACUUGUGUCAAGGUAUAGUACGGGCUUAAAUCAAAAUCCUCUUAUGCGGGAUGAGAUUGACCAGAGGAGACAGGUUAUUGUCUCUAGUGGUUUAGAGGUCAUCUUAGAGAUAGAGUUCUUGAAACCAACCAAAGCCAUCCCUAUGCCAUACUUGGGCACCUUAGGCAUCAUGGAUGAAGGAACACCAUGCAUGAUCCCAACUGUUAAUGUGAAGACUAGUGUACCCAUUUUAUCCGCCUUGCAGCUUGUUAAGGGAGUCAAGAAGGGCGAAGAAACUUUGUAA